CCGGCUUCAUUCAUCAUGUGUAGCAUCAUUUAGCUCCGAUUUUCUUGCACUAAACACUGAUAUGUGUAAGAAAUGGUCUGAAGAAUAUAUAUGACCGCAAACCACCAAAUAAGAUGGAAGAAAGGCAGUAUUCCUCUCUGACGGCCCCAAUGGAUUAUCUUCAGUACUGGUACCAAAGCAACCCUCAGCAGUACCAGGCUGAGCAGGUGCCACAGUACCAGCAGCUGGUCAAUGCCAGUCAGUACACAGAGAGACCCAUGGAGGACAAAAUUAUGACUGAUUUAUCUGUGCAUCAAGACCCAUAUCAGGAUCAACCUCAACAGUUUCAUCAGCUCUCUGUCCAACCACCAGCAGCUCCUCCAGCGACUCCAGCGAAAGGAAAGAAACGAGGGAGGCCUCGAAAAGGGGAAGAAAAGGAAAAGACAGAAGCUGAAGAGUCAGCCAAAAAAGCGAAGAGGACAUUAGAUCGGUUCAACGGCAUGUCGGUGGAGGAAGUCAUGGCUCGAAAGCUACCAGACGUCAUCACGCAUAACCUUGACAUGCUGAUUAUUGGCAUCAACCCUGGACUGUUGUCAGCCUAUAAGGGAAGGCAUUAUCCAAAUCCUGGGAACCAUUUUUGGAAGUGCUUGUUUCUCUCUGGUCUGACUAAUGAACAGCUCAACCACAUGCACGAUCAGACUCUACCUGAACACUACGGCAUUGGUUUCACCAAUAUGGUGGAGAGGACCACCCCUGGAAGUAAAGACCUUUCAAACAAAGAGAUCCGUGAAGGAGGCCACCAGCUUUUGGAAAAGCUCCAGACGUACAGACCUUUAAUCGCUGUGUUCAAUGGAAAAUGUAUUUAUGAAAUCUUCUGCAAAGAGAUUUUUGGAGUCAAGGCCAAGAACUUAGAGUUCGGAUUGCAGCCGUACAAAGUGCCAGAAACGGAGACGGUUUGCUAUCUGAUGCCAUCCUCAAGCCCGCGCUGUGCCCAGUUUCCUCGUGCUCAAGACAAAGUGCACUUCUACAUCAAGCUAAAAGAGCUCAGGGAUCAGCUGAAGGGAGUGACCAAGACUCAGGAGAUCCAGGAGACAAAGUACAGCUUUGAUCUGAAUCUGGCCAAAGAGGAUGCCAAAAGAAUGGCAAUCAAAGAAGAGCAGAAUGACCCUGGGUACGAGGAGACCUGCGCUCAUGGGUCAUGGGGGGAACCACAGCAAGCGUUUGGAGUCCAUCCUUCGACAGAUACAGACCAGGUAAUGGACGACCGGUGGACAAUGCAGCCAUUUGCAGAGCAGAUUCCAGACAUCAGAUGUAGCAACAACACCCGAACAAGCUAAGAAAAAAAAAACGUAAUCGCACAAAGACUGUUGUCUACACUGCAUAUAUCCAGAAGGACCAACAAAACAUUUUUGUACUAUUUUAUUUCAUAUUUUAAUACGUUACGAGGUGUUACAUUAUUUAAUGUAUGUGAUUUCAGUGUGUGUAACAAAACUUUGUUACCUAAAUGAACAUUUCUGAUCGAGACAUUUGUUCAUUUUGUGCCUCUUUUUUUAUUUAUUUUUUUUAUCUUUUUAAGGAAACUUCAGUAACAUCAUUCAAAACUUUGGGGAUAUCGUAAUAUUUUAUUUUUUAAAAAUGUAUUCAGCAAGUAUGCAUUAAAUGGUUAGUUCAGGCAAACAGACAUUGUUUUUUUUUGCAUGGACGAACUGUUCUCCUGGAGUGAAUCCAUGGGUUUUAGUAAGGAAAAUAUCCAUAUUUAAAACUUUAAAAACUGUUUUGUGUAAUUUCUAAUGAUUUUACACUUUGUCCCGAGACUUCAGAGCAUGUGUUGAGAAAUCCUGGAAGCUUUCAGGGAAGCUGCAUCAAGACUUGUAUCGUUUUGGAGCAAUGAUGUUAUUGAUGCCAUCCAAAGCCUCAUAUUCUCCUGACUGGUUCAGGAAUCAGUUUGAAUGUGUUCGCUUUACAUAAGCAGAGUAACUGUCCAUUUAAACCUCGCCACUUUCCAGUUUUAAAAUAAUAAUAUUCUAAUAUUACAUUAUUAUAAAAUAAUUAUAUUUAUUCAUUCAUUCAUUCAUUCAUUUUCCUUCGGCUCAGUCCCUUUAUUCAUCAGGGGUUACCACAGUGAAAUAAACCGCCAACUUAUCUAGUAAUGUUUUUUCACAGCGGAUGCCCUGCAACCCAGUACUGGGAAACAUCCAUACACAUUAAUUCAUGCACAUGCUCUAUGGCCAAUUUAGUUUAUUCAAUUCACCUAUAGCGCAUGUGUUUUGUUUGUAGGGGAAUAAUGUGGGGGGUUUCCACCCGGGGGAAACCCACGACAACACAGGGAGAACAUACAAACUCCACACAGAAAUGUCAACUCGAACCACCGAACUUCUUGCUGUCACCCUAAAAUAAUAAUAUAAUAAAUAAAUUUUUUCGGUGUGUUAAGCAACACCAGCUGGACAGGAGGCUGCGUAGCACAUGCACUGUUGGGAGAAACAUAUGAACGCAGUGAAGAGAGAGAACCAAAACAACACUGUAAAAAAUGGUCGUGAUUUCAACGGUAAAAACUGUAAAAAUGCUACAGUAAAAAUCCGUAACCUGGUUAACGGUAUGCUUCCUUAAUAUAUACGGCGAAUAACCGUAAGUGACUUUCCCAGAAUUCCCUGCAUGGCACAUCACUUUUUAUGCUUUUUGUUGACAUUACUAUGGAUCAUUUUCGUUGUUUCUCUAUCAGUGAUGUACAUUAGAGAUUCAUGUUACAUCUAAUGUUGAUAAACAAUGCUUAUUUCAUGACUUUAUUUUAUGCGUGUUACUGUACUGGUGUUUAGUCGCUGUGUGAAUGACACUGAGCACCUUCUACACACUGAUACACUUUUCUGCUUGUGGAAAUAGUUGUUUGUGAUGAGCUUUAGUUCAUUAUGUUACUUCCUCAUCACCACCUGCAUAUGGCUGUGCUAGCGUGUCUAACUGUGUAACAAAAGAUGUGUAGAUGUUGGUAAUUCAAAAUACAGACAUAUUACCUCUAUAAAUGAAUGAAAUGCGGUAGUGUACCGUAAAAAUGAGAAAUUACUUUUACGGUUUGUACCAUAUUUUUAACGGUAAAAUACUGGCAACCACAGCUACCGGUUUUUACCGUAAAUUUUACGGAUUUAUUUUUUACAGUGAACGGCCAACCAAAAGUAAAGACAGACCAAAAAAAAAAAGUCAUCUCUUGGUUAAUAUGGAAAUUUUUCCUUAUAAACCCUUGUUUUGUACUUUUCAUUUGUCAUAAAGGCUUUAUACUUCUGUCCAGUUGGUGGCGCUAAAUGUACUAAAUAUCACAAUAAACAAUAUCACGAUACACAAUAUCUCUAAAGAAGACAAUGAUGGCAUUUCUUUAACAAAAAGGCAUUGAUUCACUACAGGAGACCUUUAUUCACCCCCUGGUGCUGUGUGAGAUGGUUUUGUUUAGGAUAAAUAUGCUCGACUGUACGUUUUUUGGACUGUAGAAGUAAAAAAUGCCAAAAAAAUGCCAUUUUUUGCCACUGUGGAGCUUGAACGAUAAAGGAAAUCUGACAAACGAUUAAAAAAAUUGCAUAUUUCCAUAUAAUUCAUGUUGUCCUAACACAAAUCGAUUAAGGUGACUUAACUAAUUUAAUCGGAUUGAACAUAAAAUGAAUAAGUUGCCCCCCGAAUUGUGUUUUUUCUGCUUGUGUUAAAUAAGUAGAUUAAACAAACAGCGAUAUCAUUUUUGAGUGUACAUUUAGGAUGCUUCGAAGGUGAAUAAAUCAUGGGCUAAUUUAAAUGUUUGGGUGAACUAACCCUUUAAAUCAAGGCUUCUCAAACUUUUCAGCUCGUGACCCCUAAAAUAACAAUUCAAGUGACUCACGACCCCUACUAUCCUCUGAGGUGGUUAUAAACAUACAAACAUUGCACACAACUGUGCAUACAGACCAAUAGGAACUAUAUUAACACGCUUAUUGACAACACAAAACAAGUGCAACAGUCCAUAUCAUUUAUUAUAGUCAUUAUUCAUUUGUUUAAUAUUAACCUCACUAAAUGAGAAAGGGCAUCGUGGGGGUGCAGUGGGUAGCACAGUCAGCUCAGCAAGAAGGUCGCUGGUUCAGAUGACAUUUCUGUGUGGAGUUUGCAUGUUCUCCCCAUGUUGGCGUGGGUUUCCUCCUGGUGCUCUGGUUUCCCCCACAGUCCUGAGACAUGCGCUAUAGGUGAAUUGAAUACGCUAAAUUAGCCGUAGUGCAUGUGCGUUAAUGCUAGAGUGUAUGGGUGUUUCCCAGUGUUGGGUUGCAACCUGGAAGGGCAUCCGCUGUGUAAAACAUAUGCUGGAUAAGUUGGCGGUUCAUUCCGCUGUUGCAACCCCUGAUUAAAAAAGGGACUAAGCCAAAAAGAAAAUGAAUGAAUAAUGAGAAUGGUGGGCACGAUGUUUACAGCUCAAGGUUAUUCUUGGGUUUGAAGACCGCCACUUGAAGAUCGUCAUCUAUGUUCAGUCGUGGCCUUUAUUUUUAAUGUAUGUGAGAGAUGUGAAGGAGGUAAAGUUUAACAUUGUGCUGCAACUAACACUAUUGCUGUGUUAUGAAUCUAGCGUAAUAUCCCCAAUGGAAUAAGAGUUGAAAGGCUGAUGGCGUGUUGUUGUUGUUUAUGUAACUAUUAAAUACAAUUUUCAUCUUCUGUAGGUUAUGGAUAAUAUAUGGUCAUUCUAAUGGUUUAAUAACAUAUAGGAUGUAUAAC